UUUGUGAACUCCAAGGCCACAAGAACACAACUAUUAAGUUUCACCCGAGAGAUUUCCUUUUCAAACGGUAAAAUGAAAUGUAAGUGAUUCAAUUUCACCAGUGAGAAGCCUUUUGACUUUGCUAAGGAGAUACAGCUUCACAAUUAUGUUCAUUCGUUAUACUAACAAUGGAGGUCAGAGCUUCAGCUGUGGAGGACGUGAAAGCAUUGGGACCUAUUAUGCAGCGCGCAUACACAGAAUUCAACCUCUCUGUUGGGAUUCCUCCUUCUGUAGACUUUGAGACAGUAGAGAUUGCUGAAGAAAUUCUGCACCGGAUUUUCCUGUCUCCAAAAAGCUGUGGAAUUACUGCCUUGGACAAGGCCUCAGGCCGACCAAUUGGAGCCGCUUUCCUCCACUUUGUAGGAGAGAGUCUUCAACAAAUUGGACCUGUGUUUGUUGAUCCUGCCCAUAGCAAAAAAGGAGUAGGGAAGGCAAUUAUGAGUGCCUUGAUAGAGAGGGCAAAUGCUACAAAUGCUAAAUCCAUCAGCCUUGUUCAGAUUGCAGCAAAUACAAAGUCUUUCUCUCUAUAUGCAAAGUUGGGAUUUCGUCCCAUUGAAUGUGUCACCUACUUUCAAGGUUCAAUGAAUGAGAAAUUAUGUACUUGGGAAAUCAAGAAUGAAGAGUUUAAGGUAUGGCCUAUGGAAGACUCUGAUGUGCGCCUUUGUUCAGAGCUUCAUAGAAGUGUGUUUGGACAUGAGCGAGAGACAGAUAUACAUGAGAUGUUCAAUGUGUUUCCUGCGGACGCAUGGGUAGCAGUGAAAGAUGACAUAUUACAAGCAUAUACAACAGGCUUUAGUUUUGAAGGUCAUUCGAUAGCAAUAUCGGAGGUGGCAUUUGCAGCACUUUUCCAAGGAGUUUGUCAUCAAAAGCCUAAUCAUUCUAUGAGUAUCUACAUCCCUGCACGCAUCUAUCCAUUCUUAAUAGAAUGGGCACUCAAAGGAGGACUACAGAUAAUACGACAAUGUUGGGUAAUGGCUAUUGGACAACAUCAAACACCUCUUCCAGGGUCCAUAUGGUUGCCAAAUAUUUUAGGCUGACUUGAUACUAUUUGUGUAUCCAUUAUUUUUAUACCAUGUAGAGAAGGAGAAUAUUAUGUUCUUAGGUACAUAUAAAAAUUCAUAGUGAACUAUAUGAGAUGAUUUAAAAAAAAAAAUUAUAUACCUAUGACAUGAUAAGAUUUUUCGAAACAAAGUAACGAUGUAUGCAAUAAAUUUUACUAAUAUAAAAAGUAUUUUAGGAAAA